GUUUCUUUUAUUUUUCACAUAUGAAGGAAUUACCCCUUGAAAUCAUUGAAUUGAUUUCAACCAAUACAACUGUACAUGAUUUGCUUGAUAUUAUAUUAGUAUCCAAGGUUUGGUAUCAUUACUUUUACCGGUUUCUAUACAAGUCAGUCUGUAUAGACAGUCAAGAGAAAAGCCAUCGAAUUCUAUCUGCUUUUGAUAAGCAACAUCUUCCUGGUCAUCUUGUGCGGUCUUUGUCAUUAUCUCAUGCUGAAAUCAAUGGUCAACAAGUCAUUGAUACUUUUCCUCAUAUUGACACACUUGUGGCUAGUGCCUUAAAACUAGACACUCUUCUAUUUAGACACUAUCAACUCAAGCACCUAGUGCUGGACACUAGAGAACAAGACAUUCCUUGUAUUUUAAAACAUUGCCCAAGCCUCAAAAGACUCGAACUCUUACAUUUUGAUCAGCAAGUCACUAUGAAUUAUUUGGAAACCAUUCAUCAGCACUGUCCUCAGCUGACUGAACUAUCGCUUCAGUGCUUGGACGCUGAUCCUCAACCGACCUCUUUGUUUGAUGAUAUGCAUGAUACAAAGCUUGUGUCUUGUGGUCUUCAGUCUUUUUCAAUCUGUACUAAAUCAGGUGCUUCUAAAUGGUCCUUUUGGCUCUUAUAUUUUGCAUUUAAAUACCCUUACUUGAAGCAUUUGAGCUUUAAACAGCAAGGCAAUUCAAUUCCAUCAUUGGUAUCUGAUCCUGUCAUUUUAGAUCUGUUUACACAAAACUGUCGCCACUUGAAAUCCAUUGCAUGGCAUAGCAUUGUUGUACGACAUGAUCAAGCAGCUAAAUUGUACGGACCACAAUUGACGCAUAUUCAAGUCUUUGAGAGCUUUGUGGGUUCACAUUCAAUUCUUCAGAUACGCAAGAUGGCCCAGUUAAUCACAUCGCUUACGAUUGGUCAACUCAAGACAGCUGAGACCAUUCAGUUGAUUGGUACGCAGUGCCCUUCCUUAUCACAGCUUGAAAUUCAGCAAACCAAGGGGCGACUUGUUAUUCAAGAUUUGUUGGUCUAUUGCAAGCGCUUGUUAGUAUUGAAAAUAAAGUGUACCCAUAUCACGGCCUCUUCUUUAGACAUACCUGCUUAUUCACCAUUAAAGCAAGUAGUACUUCAAGCAUGUUCUUUUGAACAAGGUGUAUUUGAAUCUAUUUCUGGUUCCUGUCAAGCGCUUAAACAUGUUGAACUUUUGGCUUGCUUUCAAUCUGACAGAAGAGACAAAGUUGAACUGGUAUUGAAUCAGCAAAGGCUACACACGCUUAAAAUCCAAGCACUUCGGACACGUCAAUACUAUCCGGGAUGUCGUAUCCGGUUUUUCUCGAUCAACAAAGACUGGUUCUAUAUGGAGAAAUUUGAUGUUUCUCCUAAGGGCAUAGAAAAAGCUGUUCAAUUUGACAGGUUAGAUGCACAAGAACAAGAAAAGCUACUGCCUUUUGUGACGACCAAGAUGUUAAAGGCUUGGGAUAUUGAACACAUUAAACAACAAGCAUUGUUUAGCAUGGAAGAUCCCGAAAAUGUCUACUAUUCAGGGAUUGUGUCUAUACAAUGCUUAUCGAUACAACAUCUACUGAUCAAUGAACUUUUACUAGAACAAUAAAUAUAUCUAUUUAGAAUAAU